AUGUUUCAUGGUACGAGACACAUUUCGGGACAGAUUGUAGAGACAUGCGUGAUUACGAAAAAGUUUCCUGUACUUGCUAAGCAAUGCAUCAACGAAGAAAGUUCCCUAGCUGUUUACCAACUGUUCCAGAAGUUAAGAGGUGUUAUGUCUUUUGACAAUGAUGUGUCCCUUUCGGAGGGUGUUGGAGGUGUUGGCAAAGAAGGAACUACCCAACACACUGAAUCACAAGUGCUUGCUGUGCAAUAUUUAAUUAAAGUGGAAGUGAACAAGCGCUGUGGUUUGAUGUAUUCCAGAUUUGUUGCAGAAAAGAAGAACAGAGAAAUAACAUUUGAACAUGACCA